CCGGCUCGGGCGUGACAUUUCCGGCGCGAGAUCGACAGCGGGACUGAACUCGUCGUCCUCUCGUUCUGUCUCCCCUUCUCUUCCAACCCCGUUUCUCACAAUCGGGUCUUUUUCUUCGUUCUUCGUCUUCUCGCUUCUCUCUGCACGCAUCUGCUUUCUGGGAUCCAGUGAGCGGACCAGCAUUGCCUCACAAUGUUGGUAACGUACAAGAACAACCGGCUGAUACCAGCGCUCAUCAUCGCCGUGUGUUUUACGCUCUUCUACUGCCUUAUCGACCCGUCACUGGAGAAUUAUGGGUAUAAUCCAGAGGCAAAGCAGAAAGGCAUCGUGGUAGAGGAGGUGCAGAUGUCUGAUGGCCAGCGGAAGCUGGUUGAGCUCGACAAAGCCCCAAAGACGGAAGCGCCAGAGUUGCCCGCCAAGGAGGUCCAGUAUGUCGCGCCAACUUCCAGUCACCAGACAGCAGACGAGGGCCAGACGCCCAGCAAGGCCAUCUCGUACAAUGGCCUGUCGACGGAUGACGUCCUCCUGAUUGUCAAGACUGGCGGCACCACCGUGUGGAAGCGCAUGCUGGUGCACCUCACCACGUCGCUCGCUCAUCACCGCAUCCCCCUGGCCAACACCGCCAUCUACUCCGACGUGGCCGAGCAGAUUGGUCCCUACAAGAUCAUUGACGUGCUGGCCAACAUGUCAUCCACCGCAAAGGCCCAGCCCGACUUUGACGUCUACCGCCAGCAGCCGGAGUAUUCGGCCCACAACUAUUAUGUCGAGGCCGCGGGAGUCAACGGCGACGAAUGGGGCCCCGUGGGAGGUUGGAUCAUCGACAAGUACAAGUUCCUUCCGCUGAUACAGCAUGCUGGCGACAACUGGCCCAAGGCGAAGUGGUACAUCUAUAUGGAAGACGAUGCAUACAUCUUCCUGCCUGGAGUCCUGGGCUACCUGGCCAAGUUCGACUGGACUCAGCCGCACUACCUGGGCAGCUAUGCGGCCAAGUCGGACGUCAUCUUCGCCCACGGUGGUGCUGGGUUUGCGCUGUCGCGAGGAGCAUGGGAGCAGUCGUUUGGCAAGCAGGGCAACGGGAACGGCAGCCUGACGGAGGAAUACUACCAGUAUACGGCUGACCACUGCUGCGGUGACCAGGUGCUUGCUCACGCGCUGCGCAAGCACGGCAUCAAGUUUGGCGAGAACGGCGGCGACGGCAAGUUCACCUUUGGCUUCAAUCCCUUGGUCCACUGGGCCUUUGCCUUUGCCAGCGCCAACUGGUGCAGCCCGCUGCUGUCGUGGCACAAGGUGCACAACCGCGACGUCGCCCGCUAUUACGAACUUGAGCAGAGUUGGGACUGGAGCAAGGGACCGCUCCUGCACCGCGACUUCUUCAACGCCAUGAUCCUGCCCAGCAUCAAGCAGCACGCCGAGUGGUGGGACAACUACUCGGGCGUCUUCGAAGUUUCGUCCGGCAACCGAGAGUGGGCUCCCAAGCCCGGUGCCGACAACGGCAAGUUCGACGAGGCCCUGUGGGCAAACGCCUGGGAGUCGGUGCAGGCUUGCGAGGCGGCGUGUCAGGGCUGGACCAAGUGCAUGCAAUGGAACUAUGUCGAGGACCUGUGCAAGAUGGACGACAAGAUGUACAUGGGCCAGGGCUAUGCGCCGGGCAUGUCCCAGAGGAAGACGGCGCUGAAGCACACAAGUGGGUGGAUGUGGCAGCGAUUGGAGGAGUGGAAGUGCUGAAAGGUAUCUGCAGUUAGCGUUUGCUCGGCUCAUUGUGGCGGGCGUUCUUGACGAGCAUGAUCAUGGGAUUGUAUUGGAUUUCAUACCUGGUAUAGAGGAGCGUCUGUGGCCUUUUUUUUUGGGGGGGGCAAAUCUUUUCUUUAUCAACCCAUCAUGUAUGUAUGGUUUCUUAAGCUGGGCGUCUCGUGGAUUUAGGACUUGAGACAAGGCGUUGG